AUGGCCGACAACAACCCUCAAGACAAGCAGACGCUUGUGACAAACUUCUGCAGUGCAUCCGGUGCCGGUGAAGAGACGGCACGUUCCCUCGCCCUGCAGUAUCUCGAGGCACACAACUGGGACUACAUCUCGGCAUGCAACAGCUUCUUUGCAGAUGAGGAUGACGAGAAUGAGGCGGAUCAAAACCAGCCCUACACUGGUCCCCGGACCCUCGGUGGUCUCCCGGCUCCCCAGCCGGAAGGUCACCCAGCCGCCAGCACGUCCUCACACAAGAAACGAGGUGUGGCAACGCUCGGCUCCCUGGGCGCAAGCUCUCGCGCGCGCGACGACGGCGACGACGACGACGGCAAUGAGGAAGACGAAAGUCGAGGAAACCUGUUUGCCGGGGGCGAGAAGUCGGGGCUCGCAGUGCAAGACCCUCGUCGAGAGGGCGGCGGGCCACGGAGCAUCAUCAACGACAUUCUCGCCAAAGCCAAAGCAAACACAACCCGACCCGACGAGACGGCGGAGGCCGGCCCUUCCAGCGCCUCCCGCUUCCGGGGCACCGGCGUCACGCUCGGCGGCGACGGUACCGAGAGUCGAAGCAUUCCCGACCCUCUGGGCCCGGCUCGCGCGGCGGCCGGCGGGCCUCAAGAGCGCGUGCUGCACAUCUGGCAGGACGGCUUCAGCGUCGACGACGGCGAGCUCCGGCGUUUCGACGACCCGGCGAACCAGGCGGAUCUGGCCAUGAUCCGCUCAGGCCGGGCCCCUCUCCACCUCAUGGGCGUCGAGCACGACCAGCCUGUGGACGUGAAGCUUCACCAGCACGACACGCCGUACACGGCCCAGCCGAAGAAGUACAAGCCUUUUGGCGGAUCCGGACAGCGACUCGGCAGCCCCGUGCCCGGUGCCGGAAGCGGACAGACGGCGGCGAGCACUUUGGCCGCCAGCUCGAGCACCGCGCCCGCUGCUGCAUCGGCGCCGGCCGUCGCCGCGCCGGUGGUUGACAGCACGCAGCCGACGACGAUGAUUCGCAUCCAAAUGCCGGACGGCACGCGGCUCCCCGCUCGCUUCAACACGACCCACACGGUCGGAGACGUGUACGACUUUGUUCAGGGCGCAUCGGCGGAAACGCGCAACCGAAGCUGGAUGCUCGUGACGACAUUCCCAAACAAGGAGCACGCGGACAAGAGGCUGGUCCUGGGCAGCGUGCCCGAGUUCAAGAAGGGCGGAACGGCCAUGGUGAAAUGGGUGUAG